UUUAAUGAGUCCGCGCGAAUGCAGCUGAUGAACCGGAGCUGUGAGACAAGUUGUAUGAAAGUAGUUCCGGUCCAAGUUAAAGGAUUUAAAGGUGAUUGUGAAAAGUCUGCAGAAGGUGGACCCAUAGCGGACCCACAGCGGACCCACAGCGGACCCACAGCGGACCCACAGCGGACCCACAGCUGGACGCCCCGACAUGUUCAGGGUCCUGGUGCAGAUUCAGAACUCGGUAAGGACUUGGUCACACUUAAAGUCCACGUUGUGAACUGUUGUUGCCAGCAGACGGACUCCGAUAAGAGAGCUUUUACUUUUCUGUUACUCUUCAACCUGAACGCCCCUUCAGCCGCAACACGCCCCGACAGCGGCGAGAGAAACCCGGAAGAGCCGGAGAAACAGCGGCCUGGUGGACUCUGUGGUCCCGAACUGAGCAGGACCGGGACCAGCUAGUUUCCAAAAGGUGAGGCUGUGAUGCCCGAAGGAGCCCACAGCUCCUCCUGUGACGGUCUCAUGGAUGAAGACUCCCACCGCCUCUCCGCUGCCUCCGUCAGCAGUAAUGAGCGCCGCCCAGCGAGCCUGAUCUCCACGCUGUCCUCCGGUUCUGGAUCCUCUCAGGACGACAACCUUGCCCCGCCGCCGUCCACCCAGACCUCGGACGUGGACCUGGACUUGAGCUCUGCGGGGGACGCUGCAAAGGGCGAGAAGGGGGAGUGGCCACACCCUGAGAAGGACAUUAAGGGGCGGAGCGUUGGCCUCGUACACAACAACAACAGUAACAAAGGGAGCAUGACACCCAACCCUCAGCUGACCUACCUGAACCGGGUCCUCAUGGAGAUCAUCGAGACGGAGCGGACGUACGUCAGAGACCUGCGCAUGAUCGUAGAGGACUACCUGGCUCACAUCAUUGAUCAGUGCGACCUGUCGAUCCGCCCCGAGCAGGUCUGCUCUCUGUUUGGAAACAUCGAGGACAUCUACGAGUUCAACAGCGAGCUGCUUCAGUCUCUGGAUCUCUGUGACCACGACCCUGUCGCCGUGGCCAGGUGCUUCGUCCUGAAGAGCGAGUACUUUGAGAUCUACACUCAGUACUGCACCAACUACCCAAAUUCGGUUGCAGCUCUGACGGAGUGCAUGAGGAAUAAAUCUUUGGCAAAGUUUUUUCGGGAGCGCCAGGCGUCGUUGAAGCGUUCGCUGCCUCUCGGUUCAUACCUGCUCAAACCUGUUCAGAGGAUCCUCAAAUACCACCUGCUGCUCCAGGAGAUAGCGAAGCACUUUGACCCUCAGGAGGCGGGCUAUGAGGUGGUGGAGGAGGCCAUCUACACCAUGACGGGCGUGGCCUGGUACAUCAACGACAUGAAGAGGAAACACGAGCACGCCGUCAGACUGCAGGAGGUCCAGUCUCUGCUGCUGAACUGGAAAGGCCCGGACCUCACCACCUAUGGAGAACUGGUUCUGGAGGGAACAUUCAAAGUUCACCGAGCCAAAAACGAGAGAACGCUGUUCCUGUUCGACCGCAUGCUGCUCAUCACCAAACGCCGCGGAGAGCAUUAUGUCUACAAGACGCACAUCUCUUGCUCCACUUUGAUGCUGAUUGAAAGCGCCAAAGACUCUCUGAGUUUCAGUGUGACUCAUUACAAACAUCCCAAACAACCUCACACCGUUCAGGCGAAGACGGUGGAGGAGAAGAAGCUGUGGGCUCAUCACAUCAAACGCAUCAUUCUGGAGAACCACCAGGCCAUCAUCCCUCAGAAGGCUAAAGAGGCCAUCUUGGAAAUGGAUUCAAUAUACCCCCCCAGGUAUCGGGUGAAGAAAUCUUCGUCCUGUCAGUCUGGCGAGUUUCCAACAGACGGUCGUCAUGGACGUCGACAGUCCGAGCCGAUCAAAGAAAUCCUGAAGAGCAGCAAAGUCAUCCUGAAGAGGGGGAGGGGCUCUCUCUCGCUGGGCGAGUGUGAGGAAGACCAGGAGGAAGAGGAGGAGCUUAGCAGCAGGAAGAACUCACUGGAGCGACUGAUCUCCGGCGAUGAAGAGGACUUCACCAGCUCCGUGCUGGCUGCCGUCUCCUUCUGGGCCCAGAUGGAGGCAGGUGGAGGCGGAGUCUCUUCAGGCGAAGGCGGAGUCUCGUCUGACAGCCGACUUCCUGAAAAAGACAAGCCGGGUGGAACCGAACCGACGCGUGAACAGCCUUCCACAGACAAGCUGCCUCAAGAGAAGACCUCAGAGUUUGAAUCAACAGAAAACCCUGAACCAGAACCCUGCGAUCCGGACAGCUUGUCUGCUCCGCGUCCUGGCUUCCCAGCAUCUCCUCCAAGGUCAGAGGAGCAGAAACCUGAAGGAGAUCAAGAAACUACGGAGCAACCGUCCCCUGCCGCACCUGAUUCAGACUCAAAGACCCUGAGUAGCGGGGAGUCCUCCGAGGACGAGGACGAGGAGGACUUAAAGGCCCCAGUGAAAGAGGGCCAAGCGAUCAGCAUCCUUCCGUCGUCCGUCCUGGACAAAGCCAGCGCCAUCGCUCAGCACUUCACCAACAGCAUUAAGCGAGGCAGCCUGGCCCAGGACGACGCCCGAGCCCUCGGCUGUGCGUCACCGCGGCUACCCAGCAGGACCGGCAACUCCCUCAGCGCCGAACCCGCCGACCAGAUAUCGAGACUCAACAGUAUCUGUUCUGAUCCUGCAGAGAACUUCGGUUUGACAGAUUUGACCUUGCUGUCUCCUCGGGACGACAUCCUCUUUGACGCUGAGCGAGGCAUUCGGCGGAGGCGGGACUCCACCUUGUCCAAGCAGGACCAGCUGCUUAUCGGCAAAAUCAGGAGCUAUUACGAGAACGCGGAGAACCAGGACGCCGCCUUCAGCCUCCAGCGUCGAGAGAGUCUGACAUACAUCCCGACUGGGCUGGUCAGGAGCUCUGUCAGCCGGCUCAACAGCACCCCGAAGGAAGAAGCCAUCCAGACGAAUCCCUCCACCUCAACCACAUCCACCAGUCUGGAGUCAAGCUCAGCUUUAACCACAGGUCCCCAGGGUCACAUGGUCUUGAGUGACUCGUUGGACUUUUUCAGGUCUGAUCAGAGAAUCACGGAUCCAGAAGAUUCAGAAGACAGCCACUGGUUCAGAUCUCAAGGCUUGCAGGACAAACCGUCUGCGGACGAAGAGUUCAGACCUUCCUCUGAAAUGAUCAAGAUCUGGCAGACAAUGGAGCGUGAGAUUGAUCGAUCUCACAGUGACAAUCUCCGUCAAUCCCGAGAAGCUCCAAAGAGCUCCAGCCCGACUAACAUCGGCCUUUCUGACACGACGAAGACCUCAAACCAGAGCGGAGCGUCUGACCUCAGCACCACCGCCAAGGGAUCCGUAAGUCCUUCGCCCCUCAAGCUCAAACCCUCCGGUGUGAGUCGGACAGGAAGUCUGAAGGUGUUCGGGGACGAGGCCGCCACCCUCAGGGCUCUGGGUCCUCGGGUCACCCAGCUGAAACCAGAGGGGGAGACAGCCGGCGAGGACUCGAACCAGCUGGACGACGGAGACAAGACCAAGAGCAAAGUCCUCCAUCUGGCCCGCCAGUACAGCCAGCGGAUCAAAACCACCAAACCGAUGUUCCGACAGCAGAGUCAGGGCGUCCUGAUGGGCAGGAAGACUUUACCCUGUUUGGCGGAGGAGAAGGAGGGUCCAGGUAAACCCAACCCGACUCCGCCGCUGGUUUCUCAUAACCAGGCCACCUCUCUACCGCUGAGCCCUGUGGACCAGAUCCAGGCUUCCGGUCUCUCCUGCAGCUCAGCGGUUCUGGACCCGGGUCGAGCUCGCUCCCGCAGUCCUCUGAUCCCCCUCGGCAUCCCCCCUCCCGUCGAGGGCUUCAGCUGGCCCGACGUCCGAGAGCUCCGCUCCAGAUACUCGGCCCACCAUCGGAGCCCCGUCGGCCGGAGUCUCUCCAUCCCGGAGCAGAUGUUGGACGGCGGUCGAAGGAGGCGCUCCAGCUGCUCCUCCGGCCUCCUCCUCGCCGACGAGGCCUCUACCGAGGUUCCUCCAUACGGGCCUCGCGGCAGCCGGGAGGAGCGCAGGAAGCGUCUGCACAGAGCCAACUCCCUGGACCCGCGGCUGAGUGGAUACCAGAGGAGAGAGCUGCAGGAGCUCCAGGACCAGGUCUACGACGGGUAUUACGUCGCGGCCGAUGCACCGCUGCCGAAUGACGAGGAACAGAAGAUCCUCGUGGAGGAGAAGCUUCCGGAAUCGCGGGCUGCAGAGACGGAAGAAGACGCGGACGACAACUACAUCCAGAUCCGCUCGCCCACCAGCAGGGAGAAGAUCUCCAUCGUGACCGCCACCGACCGCUGCCGGGUCUACCGGGAGUCCGACAAGUACCGGCAGAGGGAGGACGUGAGAACCAGAGCUGAGCCGGCGAGGCCUCGGGACCACAGACCGGAUCAGACCGGCGGACCGAAGACAGAAGCGAGUCAGCAGAGUCUCGUGAAACAUCUGAGAGAAAAGUUCCAGAGCCGGAGCUGAUAUGUAAAUAAUUCACUUCUACAGAAAUAUACAAAUAUGAUUCUACGGAUGAAAUUAUGAGCUUUUAAGUUAUUAUGAAGAACAUUUUCAGAUCCUUCGCUCUGAAAAUUAAAGAGUCGAAAUGUCUCUUUUUUUUAUGUAAAAAGUCCUUUCUGGCAUUUAAAGAUAAAUAUAUCUAAAACAAUAUGAGAACAUCUUCCAGUGAACUGACCUUCAGUCAGGUCUGGAAUCAGCCUGAUAUUAUUAAUAUUGUUAUAUUAUAUGUUAUAUUAUAUAUGACAUGAUAUUAUGUUAUAUUAUAUAUAUAUAUAUAUUAUUU